UAUAUAAACACUCGCACCACACUCCAAGCUCUCUCUCUUUCAGUCCUCUCCCUCUCAGCCUCCGCACCAGCACACCUUCCUGAUUCUCUUCCUGCUCAGGCGUUUGGAUCUGUGAACAGGAAGAGAAGAUGAAUCGGUGCGGGGAGAAGAGCGGGGUCUCGAUUUCAGCCUCUGAUUCCGUCUUCUGCCCUAAACCUCGCCGAAUCGGCCUGUCGAAUCCCUCCAUAAACGACCAAAUCAGACCUUCGAGAUGGCAUCUCAAUCAUCAAACUGAGAUUUACGAGUCCAAAGCAGGGAUGGAACUUCUUGACAUCAUUCUAACCAAGGGAAGUUACAGUGCUGAAAAAUCCAAUAAUCAAGUGGCCUCAUCGCCACCAUUUUUUUGUGGGUCUCCACCCAGCAGGGCUUCAAACCCUAUAAUCCAAGACUCGCAAUUCGGCAACAUGUUUAGUCCAUUACUGCAGGCACCCAUUCUGCCAAAAUCUCCAUCCUCGUCCGCACGCAAAGGAGGAUCAUGCGUUUGGGUGAAAUCUGGUCACAAACAGGCCACUGUGAGAGUCGAGGGGUUCGAUUGCUUAAACCGAGAUCGCAGAAGCAUAUCCGUUGUGGCAUAAAAAUAAAAGUAAAAAAAGCAAAAACACCCUCCAAAAGCAGGAGGGGGGGAGGCAAGAAGAUGAAUUUUGGGGAGAAGAGGACUUGUAACAUUGUUUUGUUUUUUGCUUUUGUAUAUACAAGGUUGAAAUGGUUCAAUCAUUUGUUUAGAGGUUGUGUUUGAAUGAGAGAAUAUGCAAAAUGUAUAUGUAAUUAGGUUUGAAUGGAUGAGGAGAGAGAUGGAUGAUCCUGCAAUAAGAGUAAAAAGUCCAUUGUCUUGGGUUUUUAGGUGGUGAGUUUUUUAAGACAUAUUGUUGCGAGUCUAGUCCUGCAUUGUAAUUGGAAGGGUGAGGAGUAAGUAGAUGUGUCUGCUUUGAAAUUUUCUGAGUUUUGUUCUUUGAAUUGUUGCAACAAAAUUUGAUUUCCUUUGUAUAAUAGGAUGUGGAAAUGAGUUUGCCAAAGCAAGCACAAGUGUAUAUAUAUAAAGAUGAAAACAAAGUUGUUUGUU